CAUUACGUGGUCGACAAUUAUGUGAAGAUUUCCACAAUGCAGUUGAGAUGGGUUCGAGAUAACCAGAGAACAUUCCGAGAUGAUUGGUACUCAGGCGUUCUUGAUGCCUUAGAUGCAAAUACAGAUGAUAUUGGGCAACGAGUUAUUCUACCUCCUUCUUACACGGGAAGCCCACGUGAUAUGCUUCAAAGGUAUCACGACGCUAUGCCAUUGGUUCAGAAGUACGGCAAGCCGGAUUUGUUUACAACCAUGACGUGUAAUCCUAAUUGGGAGGAGAUCCGGAGAAAUUUAAAACCAGGGCAACAGGCACAUGACAUGCGAGAUCUGACGACGAGGGUGUUUCAUUGCAAAUUUGAAGAACUGAAGGUAGAUCUGUUCACUAAGGGGGUUCUUGGAAAAGUUGUUGCACAUGUUCAUGUUAUUGAAUUUCAGAAGAGAGGUCUUCCACACGCACACAUUCUUAUCAUCCUGCACGAGAAAGACAAACUACGUACCCCAGAUGACUACGAUAAGGUUGUUCGAGCAGAAAUACCAGAUGAAAGUUGAACCAUAGUUGUAUGCUUCCGUCCUCAAACAUA